AUGAGACACACGACAUUGGCAUUAGCAUUGGCAUUGGCGAUGGCAUUUUACGACAUGAAACGUACACCACCGUCAGACAUACAACACCGUCAUAAAGACAAACACGACAUGAAACAUACAAGACUUACCGUCAGCGUUUGUCUCGAUAUAUUGGAAAGUAGCAAAUACCCGAGCCACAUCAAGAAAGCUGCUGCGGUUUAUUUCAAGAAUAGAGUGGUUAAGUUUUGGAAUAUCAAGGAUGUGCAAAACCCAUUGAGAGUAGAUGCUGAUGAGAAGCCUAUUGUUAAGGAACGCAUAGUCCCCGUUAUUUUUGUGUGUGACCAUAAUAUUAAGCAGCAACUCUUGCCAGCAUUGAGGUUGUUGAUCAAUGUGGAAUUCGACUCUUGGAGCCAAUUGUUGGAACAAACGGGACAGUUGUUGCAUAAGCUGAAGGAAUCCCAUGAGUAUUUGUACACGGCAAUACUUUGUUUGGAAGAAAUCACUAGAAAAUUCAAAUGGUCCGAUAACAAAAGCAGGCAGGAUAAAUUAGACCCCAUAAUCACACAAGCAUUUCCCUAUUUAUUGCAAUUGGGACAGUCCAUAGUUGCCAGUCAUCAACAAGGAGGAGAAGAGAUUACGGAAAUCAAUGCCGAGAUCUUGAAACUAAUCCUAAAGUGUUAUAAAUUUGUCACAUAUUAUGAGAUACCCAACUUGCUAAGAGAAAAGGACCAAAUCUUACAAUGGGGAGAGUUUCAUGCCUCGGUCAUUGAAAUGAGACCCCCAUCAUAUGUCGUUAACUCUAAAGCUUCUGAACAAGAGAAAUCUUUACUACAAAUUUCAAAAUGUUACAAAUGGGCAGUAGCCAAUAUUUUGAGAUUAUUCAUUCGUUAUGCAUCAACAAACUCAUUAAGCAAAAAAAUCAUAUAUCCGGAAUUUCACGCAUUAUUCUUGAAUGAGUUUAUCCCACAUUUUCUUACCCAUUUUUUAAAAGUGAUAAAGGAAUAUUGUAGUGGGGAAAGAUGGAUCGGGUCAUCCGAACUAUAUCAAUUGUUGGAGUUUUUGAGCCAUUGUGUUAGUGAAGCCUCCGUUUGGAGUUUGGUCCAACCUCAUUUUGAGACAUUAGUUGCGCACUUGAUAUAUCCAAUCGUUGUUCCCUCUGAUCUCUUGCUUGAGGUGUAUGAAGAAGAUCCACAAGAGUAUAUUAGUUUAUGCUUUGACCUGUGUGGAGAUUAUGAUAAUGCCGAAUAUGCAGCAUUAGGGUUUAUAGCAACUGCAUUGUAUAAACAUCCAAACUUGUGCUUACCGCCAAUUAGCAAUUUAAUUCAAAAUGAGUUGACCCAGUUGCAGCAACAAAAUGAAACAUUGGAAGUUGCAAAGAGGAAGGAUGGUAUUAUGAGAAUUCUAGGUAGUAUUUCAGGGUACUUGCCCAAGGAUAGUACAAUGGAACCGCUUAUGACAAGUUUAAUAAUACCAAACCUAGAUUCCAAACACGAGUUUCUAAAGGCAAGGGCCAUUGAGGUUUGUUCACAAUUUGCAGAAGUUACAUUUAGCAACAGAGAGACUCUAUUUAACAUGAUCAACAGUAUAUUGAAAAACUUUGACGACGAAGAUGCGUCUUUACCAGUUCAGUUCAACACAGCAUUAUCAAUACAAGCAUUUAUUGUCAAUGACGAGUUCAAACAAGCAUUGUCGAAUAUAAUUUUAAAUACCAUGUCCAAAUUAUUGGAACUAUCCAAUGAAAUAGACAAUGAUGCCAUUUCGGUAAUUAUGCAAGAAUGUGUUGAGAAUUUUUCAGAACAAUUACAGCCUUUUGGAGUUGAUUUGAUGACUAGAUUAGUGCAACAAUUUUUGAAACUAGCUUCAGAGAUCAAUGAAGCUUCCAAACUUGAUAUUGACGACUUUGAUGCUAAUUACGAUGAUCAAGGCGAUAAAGCUAUGGCAGCUUUGGGAUUUUUGAAUACAAUGAUUACUGUAUUGUUAUCAUUUGAAAACUCUCAAGAGUUGUGUAUUCGAUUGGAAGAGAUUUGUUCUCCAGCAAUUGAAUUUGUUUUGGUUAAUCAAAUUGACGAUUUUUUUGCCGAGAUUGGAGAAUUGAUUGAAAAUGCCACAUUUUUGUUACGAGCAAUAACACCAGUAAUGUGGAACAAUUUCAAACUAUUGCUCAAACAAUUUGAAGAAGGCGGCGCGUUGAUGUAUUUCGAAGAAUUGUUGCCAUGUUUAACUAAUUAUUUGGUUUACGGGAAAAAAACUGUACAGGAAAAUGCUGGAUUGCAAAACGAUAUGCUUUCAAUACUACAAAUGGCAUUUGCUCAAGAUGGCGACGUUGUGGAUUUGGAAUUAGUGUUUCAAUUGGCACAAACAUUUAUACUAUGUUUAGAAGCUAAAGCCGAACCAUACAUUCCAGAAAUUCUCAAUGUUGUUUUGAAUAAUUUAAAAGCUGACGAUGCUAUCAAUGUUAUUGUUGCAUCCUUAGUCUAUGGCUCAGCCACUGCUUCCAUACUAGGCGAUCGCCUUCCUGAAUUUCUUACAACAUUUAUGGAAAGAAGCCCAAAAACAGUUUACAGCUUGAAAUUGUCCUUGCUUGGACUUGUGCGUAUAAUGGAUUUGGGUUUAUUGGAUCAUGAACACGCCAAGGCAAAAUAUGACUCAUGGUUGCAGCAGCUCGUAAUCUCUUUACAAAAGAAGGAACAAAAAAUAGACUCCAUUACCAACUCAAAAUUUGGGGACGUGGUGGAUGGAAAUGGCCACGUUGAUGGCGAUGGAGAUGAAGAAGAUGAAUUUGAAGACGAAGAGUAUGAAGAUCCAUUGCUGGCUACAGCACUAGACGAUUUUGGUUUGGAUUUUUUUAGUGCAUUAGUAAAUAGAAGUUAA